AUGGCGAGUAGCUCUUGUGGAUUCCAUGGAAGCGACAAAGCAGACAUUGAAUACGCUUACGCUUGGGUGGGGAACUCAGCAACGCAGUGCCCGGGGCAGUGCGCAUGGCCAUUUCAUCAGCCCGUUUAUGGCCCGCAGAGCCCUCCUCUGCUGCCCCCCAAUGGCGAUGUGGGCAUUGACGGUAUGACCAUCAACAUUGCGGUGACGAUUGCGGGAGCAGUGACUAAUCCAUUCAAGUCGGAAUACUUCCAGGGAGACGCCGCUGCUCCAUUGGAGGCGGUAUCAGCUUGUCCGGGCAUGUAUGGAAGUGGGGCUUAUCCCGGUUACGCCGGGAAACUGUUUGUGGACGAGACGACAGGUGUCAGUUACAACGCUCACGGCGUGAACGGCCGCCCGUUCCUUCUACCGGCAAUCACCUCACGAUCCUGCAAGACCUUGGUCUAA